GCGGAGUUUACCUUGCGUCUCUAUUGCGAAAGUCUUUUAGGAGUGCCUUGAGGGUGCUAGCGAAGCUCCAUCUUCCCACGAGACUACGUAACAGUCCGUAUCGGCUGCUGAGUUUCCGAUUAGUUUUCCAUCUGGUAUCUUCAGAUGCCAGUACACAAGAUCCACUCUGCUUAGCUUGCGAUGCAGUGUGGUUUGCAAAUUACGAAGUGGCUGCCGUGUUUGCAGCGGCAGCCGCACGGCUGGCACUGAGCCUUAUGCCCUCUCGCUUGUCAGAUCUAACACGUGACGGAAGUUGAAGGAAGGGAACCAGGAGAGACGUUACGAGGUUCCACCAUGUACACGCUUGUAGUGGUUGGUUUUGUAAGGGCAGUAUGCAGUGGGUACUAGUCGGACUGUGUGAGGUCCGUUGGCACGGAGCGCUCACUUGCUGCAGCACGACACAGGCUUGUGGUAGUUCUCGUGUGACGUGCCGGGAGAGCGGGAGGGCUACCUUCUUUACUUCUUCACUUGUAUAAAAGACAUUCCGACGUUGCCUGAUCCACACACGCGCUUACAUGUCAAGAAACAGGGGGUCACCUGGCAUAGUUAAACUUGCACUCGGGGCGAAUGUAGUUUCUCUCACGACAGUCACUGUGUCCGAAUCACACUGUAAGUUUCUCUUUGGUCACGAGUUCAUCGGCCUAGUGGACACUGGAUUGCUUGAAGUAAGGUACAUUCCUUUUAAGCAGUCAGAAAUCCACUUGCAAGCGAAUUUUGUUGUAACGCGCGAGAGUCUUCUUUUGGUGCUAUGAUGUUGCAGUGUUAAGGCGGAGGGAGUCGGUAUUCGGGGAAUUCCACAAUGUCGGCCAUCUUUACCGGCGAGACGUGUGGUCCAGUUCCAAUGCACAUCAGCACUUUCAUCGCACGCCCCCGUCAACACACUAACCGCAAGCUACAGCUUUCAGUUUAGACCCCUUCAGUAUCUAAACAGGGUCAGAAACCUGAUGUUCAGCUGCAUGAAGUUUCGGGUGGGGGGGAAUUAUGCUGGAGGAGGAUGUAAGUUCAGUUCGAUGGAAAGGAAGAGCAGGCGAAAUUCGGCUCCGGCUACAAAUAACAAUUUUCGCAGAAACGGUGGUGCACUACGCUGCGAUCGUAUGGGAGAGAACCGUGCAACACCCAACACUGUCAUUAGCUUUACCUCUCUUCUUGUGACCGUACCCGAUCGCUGGCGUGCAGAAGGCGGACAGACAAGGGGGGAUGAGAGAUGGCAACGUCAGCUACACACACACACACACAAUUUUCUAGAGGCAUUUUUGGUUCAUAGAGUGCUGACGUUAUUUCGAAUUGAAGGAAACACCGCCCGUGUGGCCUCAGAUAGGGAUGGAAUAGAUCCAGACGAGACAUGAUACGAUACCGGGGCGCGUCCCUGCUCCCGAAUCCAAAAUACGGCAGAAAUGUUGUUUUUUAUUCAUAAUGCUGGGUUGCAUCCAACAGCAACAGUGACCGCGGCAUGGCGAUGAAACUCUCGUAAAAGGUUGAACGUAUUGCAGCUGCACGUUGUACGUGGGGGGGCUUAUGGUGACGAAACAGCUUUUGUAGCGUCAUAACAGCACAGGCGAAACACGCUAACCAAAAACAAGCCGGGUUUUCUCAGUGAUGCAUUCACGGAUCGAAUAUUCAUUUCGUGUAGCAAACUCACCAGUGCACCUUUUUGCAUACUCCACGGCUCAAAAUUUGUUGAGCUUUUUGGCUGUUCUAAAUCAUUGCUAAAGUGCCUCUGAGACGUUUUCGUCUUUGUGGUCGGUGACGCAUCAGCUGCCGCCUCCAUUACGACACUUUCCUGCGUCUGGCCACCGGAUGCAUGGCAGUUGAAAAGCAGUUGUCCUUUGUAUGAACGCGAAUCACCCGCCUUGAUGCUUAUUAUUUCAACCAUAGCAUGGAAGAAGCCGUACUUUGGGGGCUGGGUGGAAUUACAUCGCCUACCAGUGACACGUGAACCGAUAUGCCGGUUUCAACAUAACGUUAUCCUGGUUACUCUUCCAUAGAAGAGCCUACUGUGUAAAGUGUUGGCCCAAAAGAGUAGCGAUUAACGCUCUUCAUGGAACUGUACACUGAAUAGAGACAACAUAUAGUAGUUCGGUUGGUGUUGGGCAUCAAUGGAUAAACGCGAUUUUGCAGGUAUUCCCCGGGCGUCUGCAACUGGAAAAGCGUCUGAUGCAGGGGAACUGGAGGUAGACGAACAUCAUCGGGAAGAGUAUCUGUUCUCCGGUCUUCAGCACAAUGCUAAGUUCCAGGUCAAUGAAAGGCUGUGUGUAAAUUUGUUCGAGCAUUUCGUGGACUGGACGAAUGUGCACUGCCUGAAUGACAGUUGCCAGGAACCGUUCCCGUCUCGUGAUUGGAGAGCUGGCAGACCUAGAAAAGGACAACGUUUCGUGUCCAGUGCAGAUGAUGCUCAGCUGAUUAUUCACAUUCCAUUCAACCGCAAGGUGAAACUGAUGGGUAUCUCCCUCGGAAUCCACCCAGACCAGGUGCAGCACGGGCCAUCUGUCAUCCACUUGUACAAGGACCUUCCAACCUUUGAUUUCAGUGACGCCGUUUCCGUAAAGCCCCUCCACACGCUGCAUCUUUUGCCUGAAGAUCUCUGCCGAUCUCACGACUCGACUGCCCAGUCCCCUAAACCUGGAAACUCUGGUUCGAAGCGAGGCUCUUCCCCAUUCAAUUCUUCAACCCUCGGACCUAUAGCAUCGGCACGCAAUUUGCCACCGACAGCGGUCCCCCUCCCUGCGCUCCUCUUCGGUGUGACUAGUUCACUGUGGCUCUUUAUUGAGGAGAAUCAAGGUGGGAAAGACGUGACAAAAAUUUCUACAAUGCAGGUUUGGGGAGUUCCUUUGCAGGAUAUGGAUGUGAAACACAUCCGCCGCUAGCAUUUGAGAACCCAUUUCACAAAAAGCAGCUGCUACGCCGACGCAGUACUUUGAGAUCUUCGCAAGAAGACCCGAUGUUGCCUAGUCACAGUUCUCACUUCCCGUGGAGAUCAGGGAAUCUUGUCUUUGUGAAUCAUCGCGUGGCUUCAUGUGAACCCAAAGCGCUUUUAGGCUACCACGAUCUACGGAAUCUGUGAAGCACGAACAGUUUCUGUUUAGUGUAGUGCUACUUCCAGAGAGUUUGCGCUUGACGCCGGGGUGGGCAGGAGACUGUUUCGAGAGUCAAAACCAUGAGGACCAGGAUUUUCCACACGCUUGUUUCAAAUAAAAAAAGGGGUUUGUUGUUUGCAAGCGUAGAACAUUCCACUCAGUCGAGCUAAGCCAAAAAAAUGCAUUUGCACCAAUGUGCACCAUGCACGACAGUCGGCAAAUCGAGUGUCUCAGUGCCCCUACAUACAAUUAGUCGCUUCCAUUGCGGUGUACUGCAGCACUUUGCCCACAAAGAACUUUCCACCGCAAAGCAUAUUAUUGCGGAAAGGCG